AUGCAGCUAUACUAUGGGCCCACCUCUCAUUUCUCGCUCAUGCAGCAUAUCUACCAAGAUCUCGUCUCAAAUCCUACCUCUCGACCUGAACCCUCUGGUGGGGUUGAGGAAGCUGGAGCUGGCUUAGACUUGUUUAGCUUCCGUCGCAUCUUUUUCGGAACCCCGGACUUUCAUGAGAUUAACAAGUCCCCAGGGAAAGGGGAUUUGUCUAUGAUGUUCAUGCCGUACGACCUGGCUAAAACUUUUCUGUCGCGAUUUCUUUCCAGCCUCUAUCAUCUGAUACCACUUCGCCCCAAGAUAUAUUACGAGCAAUGCCUAGACCGACUAUAUAACUCUUCGCCCGCAGACCAUCUAGAUGGUCCCACACAAGCGAUCCUUCUCCUUGCCAUGGCAAGCGCGGCACUUGGCACGGACCAUUUUGCCUGGGGCGAUGUGCUAUUCGAGCGUGUCAAGGCUUCGUUGACUGCGUUUGAUGACGUGACUGACAUGCUUAGGUUUUACGCCAAUUACCAGAACGAACAAGGUCGGCCCAACUCGGUGUUCUUGCAUUUAGGUUCUGCUUCUCGCAAAGCCUUAUCGGCAGGUCUGCAUAAGGAUGUUCCCCAUGAUGUUGAUCAGACUCCCGAGAAUAUUGAAGAACGACGGGUAACCUUCUGGUCUCUUUACAUCUACGAAACCUGGUUCUGCUUUCAUGUGGGACGUCCUAGCUCCCUCAACCUGAAAGAUGUCGCAAUCGAGUAUCCGCAGGAUCAAUUUAUUCGAUUGCUGGCGCAGCUUUGCAAAACUAUCACUCGGUCUGUUAAUGAGAUAUAUGGUCAGCGGCAUGAGUCUCUUCUGCACAUGUGGAGAGUCGCCAGAUCCAUUGCGAAUGAUAUCCGUGGUCAUGAAGCGCAUUUACAACAAGCUUUGGGUCUUGGGCUUGAUGACAGCAUCCAGGCGGGAUCCCUUGGGGUUCGACAAAUAAUCUUCAUUGCCCUAUACCAUCAUACGCUACUUCUUACAUUUCGCCCGUUCUUGAUAUUUCGUGGUCAUUGGCAACGCGAGAGGAAUAUCGCACUCAACCAGUCUAGCACCAAUGUCACAAAUCGCCCUAGAGAAACGCCUACUUGGCUCAACGAAGCCUGCAAUCAUGCCAUCACUGCCGCACAAAAGACACUCCACCACUUAUGUGAAGCUUCGAGAGUCAAUAAUCUUGUUUUAGAAUUACGAUACCAUGGCUACUUUUUCGGCAAUUCUGUAUUUACUCUCAUCUACGAGUUCAUUCACAACCCGAGUGUCGCGCCUGUCUAUCUCCCAUGGGUCUAUGCUUCAUUGCAAACAUUGUCAACCAUGCGAGCGGGGGACCCGAUCGCAAGCACAAUUGCAGCUAUGCAGACUGUGCUUCGCAAUAUCAAUCCAUCAUACGAAUGGGCACCUCUAUUAGCAACAACCGAAGAUAACGUUGCGCCCCCAGGAGGGACAGCGAUACAGCAAGGCCUCACCCCCAACCACAGGCAUCGGGUACUGCUCAGCAACUCUGCAAUCCUUCAGAACCCUUCAUUAGGAAUGCGGCCUGACACACUAACAUCUCCUUGGAACCUUCCACAGCUGGAAAAACUGGAAAACCCGGAAACCGGAGGCUCUGUGGGCUCUGGGGAUGACUUACUUGAUUUCACUCAGUCCGACAUGGGCUGGGAUUUCGAUUUCUCUACCAUGGACCUGGACGCAUUCUUUUCGAUCUAUCAGACAAAUGAUGCUCCGAAUACUUAA